UACCACAACAUGAGCAGGAGAGAGAGAGAUAGAGAUAGCGAGAGAGAGAGAGAGAGAGAGAGAGAGAGAGAGAGAGAGAGAGAGAGAGAGAGAGAGAGAGAGAGAGAGAGAGAGAGAGAGCGAGAGAGAGAGAGACACAGAGAGAGAGAGAGAGAGAGAGAGAGAGAGAGAGAGAGAGAGAGAGAGAGAGAGAGAGAGAGAGUGAGAGAGAGAGAGAGAGAGAGAGAGAGAGAGAGAGAGAGAGAGAGAGAGAGAGAGAGAGAGAGAGAGAGAGAGAGAGAGAGAGAGAGAGAGAACAGAAACAUCCAAGUCAUGGGAUUUUGGGCAUCUCCUCAGGGUAGGGGAUGCCAGGCGCGAGGGGGGCGUGGUAGCGGGAGGGGUGGCGGGGGUGGUGGGGGUGGCAAUGGUGGCGGAGGUGGUGGAGGGGAUGGUGGUGCAGACGAGGGGACUAGGGCUGGUGCCCUGGCACAACAGCAGGAGCAGCAGGAGCAGCAGUCGCAGCAGCAGCAGCAUGAGCAGCAGCAAUAGCAGUCGCAACAGCAGCAGCAGC